AUGUCAAAGCUCGACGGCCAUCCCGAGCCCGAGCUGAAGGUGGUGUUCAAUGGCCGCGAAUUGCAUGAAGACGAACCGGACCUGGCGCAAAUGCUUCGUGCAACCGGUGAUCUUGGCCUCCGGCUCCAGAUUGAUGGAUUACCUUGGGUGGGAGAGACACAAGAUCAUGCAGCCUUCUUCUUCGCCGCUGCCCGCUAUGGGUGGUACAAGGGACUGGUCUCGAUGAACUCGUCCCUGCAUGCUCUCUACCAGCACUUGAGCAGUAUUCAGCUCAAGAAAAUCCAGCUAGUGGUCAAUCACUAUCGUUCAAUCUGGGUCGGAGAGGAGAGAAUGGACGACUUGAUCUCCCCAGCAAUCGCGCUGGCAGUCAGUGUCCCACAGACCGAGCUCUUCAUAGGGGACUCGUGGUAUCCACAGGACUCCGAUGAAGCAGGGACGUGGCGCCGGCUCCUGGACCAGCUCAGGCAGCUUCGGAGGGAGAUGGAUCUGGUGAAUAGCUUUCGCGCCACAGCCAACCCGACUGUGUUAUCUAAGAGCCGACGCCUUACUUCUGGCAGCGAGUUCGAAAGCCAGUGGCCAGAGCACAUCGGCUUCGAGCAGAUCCACAGACUUAAGACCGCCGCAGCUCUGCAACGAUCUGCAUGUCGUAUGCGGGCCUGGCUCGACGAACAGUGGUCGGAGGACUUCGACAGGUCACUGCAGCAGCCAAGGGAGGAUUUGCAAGAGCUGCAGUUGUUGAAGGCGACUAGGGAAGGCUGUUCAUGA